ACUCAAAAUACACGGAAAUUGUUGAAAUUUGGAAGCGGGCAUUUGUCUGUGUAAUUUUACAGGAAGCAUCACGACAAAGCAUGAAAAAGUUUGAUGAAAAAAAUUAAUCUUGCCGUGAACCCCACAAAUCAUCCAGGUGAUUUUUUGAAGGAGUUAGUAAAGUAAAAUGGUAAUGAAAUGGACAAGCGGACAUGAAAUCUGAAAAAUCCCACAUCAUCUUGUAGGGCCGCAACAAAAUCAAACAAAAAUCUGAUCACAAGCAAAGGAAAACUAAAAAGUAGCAAGCUAGGUACCCAACAAAAUAAAAAUCCAACAGAAAUGAUGACGAGCAGAGUUAGCAUGCGGUACUAGAUUCUCUCAAGUGGGAAGAAGUUAGAUUUAGAGGUGGGAUAGAUUUGGAGUGACUCAGUUUGUAAUGGCGCCGUUCUGCUAUGUUUUAGUGAUUUCCUGAGCUAUUUAGCUUAUGGGUAUAUGUUAUGGACAAGAAACCCUCUCUAUUUAAGUGGCUCAGAGGGUUUGUUACAGAGGAGCAGAGUUUAUGCAUUUUUCUUUUUGUUGGAAUCCAUGAGAUUGGCUACCUAAGGAGGACAAAAUGGAGUCAUCUCAUUGUGCUUCUGUUGAAGUAGAUGAAUGGGAUGCUGAUGGUUUUGAGAUUCCAAGUCUGAAGCUUGCAAAUUGUGAUUCAGUGAAGGAUGACGCAGUGGCAACUAAGAGUUCCAUUUCAUCUUCUCAAAAGAUGCUUAACACAAAUGAAAAAAUCUACCUAGGACCACAUUUGGCACCUCCUUCCCAAGUGAAGCAGCAUGAACCCAAAACAGGUGGAAAGAAACAAGGAUACAAGCACAAGCCUACUGAAGGUGAAAAGCGAGGAUUGCCUUGGGUCACAAGAAUGAAGUAAAACCUUUAUGAGACCUCAUGGAACAUAGGAAGUGCAGCAAUACCAGAACAAUCAGUUGGAAGAUUGUUUUGGAUCAAUUCCAUUUGAGUGCCACCAAACAAAUGCCUGAGAUAGUAUGAGUGAUUUGGGUAAUAGUCUAUACAAAAGUCAUUAAGACUACAAUGUUUCAAGAGAAUUAUAUCAGCGUGGAGACAAUCCUGAUGUUAUUGCAUUUAUCAAUUGAAAUGGGAUUUUACUUGCUCUCAUUUGUUCUCAAUUUAAGAUGGUUUUUAAUGGCAUCUAAGUAUGCCAUCUAGAACAUUUUCCUGUAAACUUGGAGCCCUGCAUAUAUAGCUGCAAACUUUUAGCCAAUAUUGUUGAAGAGGGGUUGAAAGUUCCAUCCACGAGCUUAGGAACUUUUAUGUCUCUGUGGCAGCUUGCAUGGCCUUUUUUUCAAAAUCUAUAAUUUUAUUCUAUACUGUUA